CGCGGCGGCGUGUGUGUCACGUGCCUCCGGCCUGGGGGCGGGUCCAGGGCGCCUCCCGCCUGGCCUACUUCCGGUGUGGUGAUCGUGCCGCCGCCAUGCUGCCGGUGCUCGGGCUCCCCCUCGGCCGCCCUCGGCCCCGGCCGCCCUGCCUCCGGCUCUCGGCCGCCGCCCUCCUGCUGCUCUUCCUGCUGGCCCUGGCCCUGCUGCCGAGCCCCGCCCGAGCCAUCUCCUUCCACUUGCCCGGCAAGGCCCGCAAAUGCCUGCGGGAGGAGAUCCACCGCGACACGCUGGUCACCGGCGAGUACGAGGUCGCCCCUCCGCCGGGGUCCCCCCACGGGCCCUCCGCCAACCUCAAGAUUACUGACUCAGCUGGGCACACUCUCUAUUCCAAGGAGGAUGCUAUUAAGGGCAAAUUUGCUUUCACCACGGAGGACUAUGAUAUGUUUGAGGCCUGCUUUGAGAGCAAACUCCCUGUGGGAACAGGGCGGAUGCCAGACCAGUUCGUGACCUUGAACAUGAAGCAUGGAGUAGAAGCAAAGAACUACGAGGAGAUUGCUAAAGUGGAGAAGCUGAAGCCAUUGGAGCUGGAACUGCGAAGACUAGAAGAUCUUUCAGAGUCUAUUGUCAAUGACUUUGCCUACAUGAAGAAACGAGAGGAAGAGAUGCGAGAUACCAAUGAGUCUACCAACAUUCGGGUACUAUACUUCAGCAUUUUCUCCAUGUUUUGUCUAAUUGGACUGGCUACCUGGCAGGUCUUCUAUCUGCGUCAUUUCUUCAAAGCCAAGAAGCUUAUCGAGUAGCAGGAGGAGCAAUUUUUCCGUUUUUGGACCCCAACAGAGCAAAGCAGAGACCUGACAGUGGUUGUUUAGAGAUAAGUUGGAGUUGACUUGCCAAACAGACCUAUUUCUGCAUUUGGCCCCCAAAGGGAGGGAUGGCAAUGCUGGCACCCCCCCCCCCAAAAAAAAAUGAGGAGGCUCCUGAACUAUUUUUGGAUAAAGUUUGGAGGGGCUGGAGUUGUGAUUUGGGGGGACUCUUGAAUAGAGUGAAAUAAAAGUGCAGUUGGAUUUUG